AAGACCAAGAUAAAGGUCACAAGAAGAGGAAGAUUGGGAGUGUAAACAAACCUUCCAGAAAUACUAAAAAAUACAUGGGAAACUAAAGGAAAAAGAGGACAGGCCACGGUGAAACAAGGCAGGAGGAGAGGAAAGAAGAGGAGGAGGAGGUACACAGCUGUUGAGGCAUUAGUGUCAUCCCCAGAAGGAGGAACAAUGAAUCAGGCGGAGAUACGCAAGCUGAUCCCGGCGGUCCGCGUGGCCAUCAACUCUCGAUACAGAAGAUUCUCCAACCCCAAAGGUCCCGAGGGGCGGCUGCUGGCCAUGAGGAAGACCGUCACGGCACUGGUCAGGGACGAGAGGAUUGAGCUCAACUACCAUCGCGCGGACGAGGCCAGGGGCUACGCCGAGAGGCUUAUUGCGAGUGCUGCCAGGUAUGGAGACUGUCACACCCCCACAAUGGAGUUGGCUGACUACUGGCUGCUUGAGAAACCACUUGUCCACAAACUCUUUAAGGUGUUGGCGGAAAGGUACAAGAACCACACCGAGUCCUACACAAAGCUGCACAAGGCCCCAAACAUAUACCCGGGAUACAUGAGGGAGAGAGCUGUAUUGGAGCUGAAAGGCAACCCCUUCCCACCGCUGGAGAAGCAGAUCUCAUCUCGCAACUGGAUUCACAACAUACUGCUGGAGGAAGCUCACCAAGACUACAUCAAGAAGAAACUCAAGGAACAGGAGGACAAUAACUGAAGAAGUGGCAGGUGUUGCAAUGUUAGUGUUGUAGUGUAUGUGUGUUGACUUUGUAUGAGUGUUGUGUAAAAUAAAAGUUAAUUCUUGUGA